AUGGCGUGGUGCAUGCCCCUCCUCGCCUCCCUGCUGCUGCUGGCCCUCGCCGGCGUCGCCUCCGCCGACAAGGCCCCCGAGAGCGGCUUCAUCGUCACCGGCCGCGUCUACUGCGACCCCUGCCGCGCCGGCUUCGAGACCAACGUCUCCAAAAACGUCGAAGGGGCGACGGUGGCGAUGGACUGCCGGCCGUUCGGCGGCGGCGAGAGCAAGCUCAAGGCGGAGGCGACGACGGACAACAAGGGGUGGUACAAGAUCGAGAUCGACCAGGACCACCAGGACGAGAUCUGCGAGGUGGUGCUGACCAAGAGCCCCGACGCGUCGUGCGCCGAGAUCGAGGAGUUCCGCGACCGCGCGCGCGUCCCGCUCACCAGCAACAACGGCAUGAAGCAGCAGGGCACCCGCUUCGCCAACCCCAUCGCCUUCUUCCCCAAGGAGCCGCGCAAGGAGUGCGGCGGCAUCCUCCAGGCUUACGACCUCAAGGACGCACCCGAGAACCCAUGAACCCCAUCCCAUCCAUAUA